UACUCAACCCAUAUACCGCUCUACGCCUGGCAGAAGGCCCUCCUCACUUUUGGUUCGUCCCUCGCCUCUCUACUCAAUCCUGCCCGCGGGGACAUGAUUGCCCUACUCUCUGAAGUAUCGGGUGAACGAUACUUGCCUCGCUUACGAGACGAGAUGCUCAAGGGAGACGAGGGAAGACGGUUGCUUUGGGAGAGGCCCAGUCUCAAUACGAAGACGGUGGAUAUGGGUGCUUUGCAGCGGAUGGAGAGGGGGACGACAGGGAGGGCGUAUGCGGAUUGGUUGGAGUGGUGUAGGGUGGGGCCGGAUACCAGGGCGAAGGUUCAAUACAUCAGCGAUCCCGAAUGCGCCUACGUGAUGCAGCGGUACAGAGAGUGUCACGACUUCUUCCACCUCGUCUGCUCAAUGCCCGUCUCUUCUCUCGGCGAGACGGUCGUCAAGAUAUUUGAGGCGGCACAUUUUGGCCUUCCCGUAGCUUACCUGAGCUCCAUUGCUGGCCCGCUUAGGCUCAGCAGCGAAGAACGCAAGCUCCUGGUCACGCAGCUCGGACCCUGGGCUGUGAGGAUGGGUAAAGCCACGAAGCUGCAAGCAGAGAGGAGGGGAAGGGGCAGCUUGCUCGGCGUUUACUGGGAGAAGAGAUGGGGCGAGGAUUGGGAGCAUUUCAGAAAAGUGGAGCUGGGCAUGUACGAGGAUCCGCCUGUC